CUUCCCCGAACCCUAACAUCAGUAAGAUCACAUUUAUAAACCCUAAAUAUAUUGUAAACACUUCUCGUCUCUGAUCUCACAAUCUUUCCCUCUCAAUUAAGAGGAUAUUUUUUAUUUAAAUGGAUGGAUUCGGGUCGGGUCAGAGGUCAUACGGAGGUGACCGGAGACUGGAGAUUGUUAGUGGGAAAAGCUUUGGUACUGCAUUUGGGGCCAACCAGAUCUACGUGACUCGGUCUCACUCACCCGAUCUGCCGCCGAUUCCGCCACGGGCGACUCGGCCGAAUAAUAGCGCGUCUGUAAAACCGUGGGGCUUUAGCGAUCCUGAGAUGAAGAGAAAGAAGAGGAUUGCCAAGUAUAAGGUUUACACUGUUGAAGGUAAAGUUAAGGCCUCUUUGAGAAAGGGGUUUCGUUGGAUCAAGAACAAGUGCUCCCAGAUCGUCCACGGGUACUAGUUUUCUUUUGCAAGAAAGAAUCUGCGGCUUGGAUGUGUACACGUCAUAUGGGACCCAAUGGGAACGUGCUGAUGUGGAAGGCGGAGUGCUAAUUUAGAUACUGAAGCGUAGUCGUACAAAUGGGGUAUCGUUUUGUUUUUUUGUUUUUAUCGAA